UCAAACGUUUCUUCGCUGGCCUGUCAAAGAAGCUGCAUUCUGUGCAUUCUUUUCCAAAACAAACGAGAAAACGUGGUCGCCUUUUCAGAGCGGCUGCAAUAGAUUCGUUUUAAUUUCCGCAAAAAAUGGCUUUAAAGGCAUUAAAGUGCCGAUCAUCCAAACGACAGAAGGCAUCGCUGCGGUACAAAGUUCUCAAGAAGAUCGCCGCCAGCAAGCGGAAGAAGGAGAAGGAGGCGAAAAAAUUGCCCAAAUUUCGGUCGAAAAAACAGAAGCUAAUCCAGGUGCCGAAUAUUUGUCCUUUCAAGAAGGAAAUUCUGGAUGAGGUAGCCGAGCACAAGCAGUUUGUCGAGCAGGAAAAGGAACGCAAACGGGAGCUUCUGAAGCAGCACAGACUGAAACAGGAGGGGGAAACAAUCGAGUCGAUUGCUGCGGAAGCGGAUAAACGCAGCCAAGGUUAUGACCCGGAAAAGGCUCAACCUAAAGAACAGGAAGAGUACGCUAAUGUUGGUCGGGGCAAAGAAGGAUCCCUGAAGGCGUACUUCAAGGAGUUUAAAAAGGUUAUCGAUGCGGCCGAUGUCGUACUGGAAGUGGUUGACGCUAGAGAUCCCCUAGGCACCAGAUGCGCCGAGGUAGCACAAAUUGUCCGGGAAGCUCCCGGUCAGAAACGGCUGGUACUAAUCCUGAACAAAGCUGAUCUAGUGCCGAGGGAAAAUCUCGAAAAAUGGCUUAAAUACCUGCGCAAAUCGGGACCCGUUAUACCCUUCAAAGCCACUACACAGACGCAGAAAUUUCGCAUAGGAAACCGUAAAUUUAAAGCAGCGAAAACCCUAGAAUGCUCCCCCUGUAUUGGAGCUGAUCUGCUGAAAGAGCUGCUGGCGAACUACUGCCGCAGUGACGAUAUUCGCACAUCCAUCCGAGUGGGGAUUGUUGGUCUUCCAAAUGUGGGCAAAAGUUCACUGGUUAAUUCCCUUAAGCGCAAACGUGCCUGCCUAGUGGGAGCAAAACCGGGCAUCACCAAACAGAUGCAAGAGGUGCAAAUCGAUUCGCACGUCAAGCUGAUAGACAGUCCGGGAAUAAUUUUCCAGCGGCCGAAAGACGAAGACCAUAAUCGAUUCUAUGCGCUGAAAAAUGCCCAGAAAGUGACUGAAAUUCAGGACCCUUUCCCACUGGCGGAUGACAUCCUGAAGCGAGGUACAAUGACCUACUUUUGCAAGCUGUAUGAUAUUUCCGAGUUUCACUCGACGGAUGAAUUCCUCGCCAAAAAAGCCAUCAAGAUGGGUGCACUAGCUAAGAAGGGUGUCCCGGAUGUGAAAAAGGCUGCACGAACGCUGAUCGAGGAUUGGAACGCGGGGAAAAUUAAGUAUUGCACCCAUCCGCCGGAGGACGGCGAUGAGAUUCAUGUCAGCGCUCAGUUGGUUUCAAGCGAUGUGCCAGAAUUCAGCCUGGACAACUUUGAUCGGGUGCUGCAGCAGUUGGACAGCGAAUAUGAGGAGAGCUUUAAGAUGAAGGACAAGGACGGCGAUGAGGUGGAGGUAAUUUCGAAAGAGGAGAUCCUUACGAUGGAGAUUGACACCAAGGGUCCAGUUAGCAUGAGACUAGCGAAGGACGAUCAGAAGAAGAGUGCACUGGAGGAACUGAUCCGGGGCGCUGGUAAGAUCAUCGAGGCGGACGAGUCGACUAGUAGCAGUGGUAAGGGUAAAAAGCGGAAGGUUAAUGAUUACGCUGAGGAGGAGAAAAAGUUUCGGAAGGAUCCAAUGUUUCAACUGGAUGGAAAUAAAACGGUUAACAAAAAUCGGAAAGCCGAACUGAAGGCCAAGAAAAAAGCGGCUGCUAGAGGUGAGAAGCGAGUCACGGAGAUGGCAGACGAUUUGGAAUCGUUUUCACUUGGCGGCGGCGGCGGCGGUGGUGGUGCUAAGAAAAAGAAAACCGGCGAUGCUUACGAUUUCGAUAACGACUAUGAGAUGUAAGUUUUUGUUGAAUUUCAUAGAAUAUUACAUUACCGGUCGUAAUA